GCGACCACCACCCUGAUAGUUAGUUUCUUAUGACGCACGGUGAUCGUCUAGUGGAGGCAACAGAAGACGGUUGUUUCCCGCUCAAAGUCGCAAAUUUUUACUUUCUUGAUUUACACAAUCACAACAUAAGAAACGUAUACGUAAGCUAACAAACAUCCAAGAAGAUGGCCCGCGGAAAGAAAACCGCUCUCGAGCUGAAGGUCGAAGCUGAACAGAAGAAGCUCGCGCAGCUCAAGGUGGCGGAGCAGGCCGGGCUAUCCGACCUGUACCAGGAGAGCGUCGUAAAACCCGGCCUCGCGCGACUUUUCGCGGAGGACAAAAACCGACCUGGCCGGAGCAGUAAUAUUUCAGCCUCAUCGUCGUCAUUCAGCGGCGCCGCGGCGGGAGGUAGCACCAGCUCUUCAGCGAAGAAAGUUGCAAUCCAGAUUUCUAACGACGUCUUCACGAGCGAAGAUGAGACUGGGAAAACACUCCAGCAGCAGGCCAAGAAUAUUAAGAAUUGUAGCAAAUCUACUGCAGAAGUUGAAGUUCCCGCCGCAGCAGCCCACCUGCUGUCCCCCUCUGCCUCUUCCCGGGGCGGAGUGGUCGCGGCAAAUAAGAAAAUACCUCCAGCCACACCUACGCCGGGACAGGCAGGAGCCUCCAAGAAAGGCAAAAGUGCUCCGGGCUCGAAGGACAAAAAGCAGCCUACUCAAGAGGACGAGGACCAGCAGCCGCCGUCCUCAAAGUCGGGAAACAAGAUGAAGCGCGCAACGAAAAAGAUGGCAAAGGUUACGUGGGCGCCGGACGAAGAGGAGGAGGAGGGGAAGGGCAAGAAGAAGCUCGCAACGCCGAAACGAGCACUGACGCCGGGGGACAAAAAGCGCGGUUAUGAAAAGGAAAGAUCCCCCCUCCCCAUAUCAAAAACGAGAUCUGUGACGCUGGAUUUGCGUACACAAAUCAGAUUUGUAUUGCAGGAAGGCAUUGCGGCCAGAUCCCCAGGCUUGAUAGGGGCGUAUGGGUCUAGUUGUUCAGCAUUGCAAACGGCUAACCUUUAGGCCCAACAGCAUGACAAAUCGCGUCCAUGAUGGGGCGGAAGCCUCUGCCCUUGUCUUCUUGCAAGACAAACGUGAUUUGUGGCCUCAAAUCAGCAACACAAAUUUGCGGAAAGAUACCUUUUCGAUAUGGGGAGGGGGGAUUUUUCCUCUCAAUAGCGGUCUGGGGGCCGUUUUUGACGCCGACGAGCUGGAAACGAUCGCGGAGGAUGAGCGAAAAACCAGUGGGAAAAAGGCAAAGCCAAAAAGGAAGGUAGAUAGGGACUUCUGGCGCACUUCGCCGCACAUGAACGUCGAGCGAAUGAACCAUGUGGUUAUAACAUCAAUAAGGCCAGGGUGUUGAUCAUCCGGUCGAUGUCCUCAUGAUCCCCUGAGCCUGACGAGGAAAGAACAAACGUUGCAUGGUUGCACGAAGAUCAUGCUGGUGCUGGAGUGAUCUUGAUCUCCUGAUCAACUUAUCCAUGCGACAAUUGUUCAAUUCUAAUUUUCAAUUCAAUCAGGCCUCGAAAGACAGUACCGAGGACGACGACGUUUUACAAGGCAGGAGUCGGCAACUUUUGUCUGAGAAGAAAGGCGUCUCUUUCCGGAACUCGAUCGACGUGACGGAAAUUGAGUCGCAGGGAAACGUAUGAACUGCAAAAGUAUCGCACUCGUAUAAAUGCAUUACAAAUUUCCUCAGCGUGAGAAAUUAAAUUUGUAAUGCUGAUCUACCUUAAGAGUAGUGUAGAUUUGUAAUGCAAGACUUGCAUUUAUACGAAUGCGAUACUUUUGCACAGGAUAAAACGCAAGGGCGGUUGUGCGGGGGAGUCACAAGCGGGGCGCAGCGGUGGUCAGCCCUCCCGAAGACGACAAGGUUUUGCUUUUGGUGGUUAUCUCGUCUUUUCGACAUCCAAACAAGUGCACCAUGUGCUUCGAACUCUUCAUUGCAAUAUCACGAAAAUGCUUAGGCUGUAUUAUCAGGAUGUUUUAGUAAAAAAAGCGAAAACUUCCAGUACUUCUUCUACUUCCUCAUACACGUGCGAAGUAUGACACGAUCUCCUGCUGUUCUAUCAACUCUAAAAUCACAACAUCUACAGGACAUCAAUUCAUCUUCGCGCCUCUCUCCCGAGCAAGAUUCCCACCACUCGCCGAAGCGACAAAAAACGAAUAAGAAAGGUGACACUCCGUUGCAAGACUUAGAUUCGAAAAACAAAUCGCCCUUCCGCAAUACCUGGCAUCCGUUUGGCGGCAUGAGGAAGACGACACCCAAGCGGUUCGGAACCCCGCAAGACGCCAUCAAUGAAAACCUGAUCUCUCCCGGGCCACGAUCCGCUGAAGCGGGGAAAACGAAGAUGACGCUGUCAUUCGAUUUGGACGAGGCGGAUGACAAAGACAAUAAACGACGGAAGCUCACUAUCGCAAGAAAAAAGUGUUACAGUUACACAUUGUGUUGCAAGACCGGCAACACAGACAACCUUUCUCAUGCAGGAAAUGCUUGGGAGCCUCGUUUCCUUCCUGUUUUCCCUUAUGAUCUUCGCAUUACAAGUUUUCUCUGCCACACAGAGAAAAUUUGUGAUGCAGAAACAAACUCUAACAAAUGUGUAACUGUAACACUUUUUUCUCGUGAUACUCACCGCAAACCCAGAGGUUCUCGGCGGGCAGUCCGCCGUCGGAAGCUUGGAAGCGCAAAGGCACGCGGACGCGGUGGCGAAAUUGAAAAGCUCGCAACGAAACAGGCUGCUGUCGCCGAACCCGAGAGCUGCAGUGGGGGGAGGUGGUCCUCGGCGGGGGUUACACCUCGAGAUCCGGUCGCCGAAGGCGAAGCCGCUGACGCCGUUAGUGACGGAGGUGGUCCUCGGACAACAAGACGAGGUUUCGAAGAACACAGCGCUCAAUCGACAGUACGUUCCGCCGCAGUUGGAUGACGAGCAGAAAUCUCUGCUUCACCUGUUUCAGUCAAUCGACCGCUUGCUCGCGAUGCGGCAGAUCCGGGGCGGGAGAACGAAAAUUGGAGAUUUACGGAAGGACGCGGAGAAGGACUGCAAUCGGUCGUUGACGGUGUCGCGCUUGCAGCGCAUUCUGUUUGUUGCCAAGGACUUGCUCCGGUCGGAAAGGGUGCCGGCGGUCCCCGCGAACGGGGACGAACGGGUGGAAAUGGUCCACGGGGACGAAAACAUAGUGCUGACCCUAUUCUCUAGAAAUUAACCCUCCCCAUCCACUUUUUGCAUUGCAGCUUAUACAGUGUUAGCGAGAAGUAAGGAAAAGAUAAUAAAAGUGCCCGGGGAUGAAGAUAUACUUGCGAUGUUUUUCGCGGUUCUGACCCUAGAUCUCCUGCGUCCGGAGCUGCUUGCGGCAACGGUGCAAAGGUUUUUGAAGUGGCGCAGUCGGGUAUGCAUGACAAACACAGAGUUUGGAUUUGCGUACAGGUUUUGCAUGACAAACUGAAUGGUCAUGGGGAUGGUAAAUUUUCAAGGAAUAGACGCAGGUGGAAGCCGACGAAGGCUCGGCGGACACCGCAAUUGACGCCGCGACAGACGGGGUGGAGGAAGGUGCGAAUGUUUCGUCGUCCAGUUAUUCGAGCAGUAGCAGCGCACCGAAUUCCAUUCUGAAGAAGACAAGGGCGGCAGCAGCCGCGGAGGCAAAGACGCCGAAAACGCGGCUGUGCGUGGGAAACAUGACGCCCGACGUGCUGUACAGGAGAUGGAGAACAGUGUCUGAGCGGUAUUUAAUCAUUGAUUUUUGGUGUCGCGCAUAACGAAAAUGCAUGUAGUACCUAUGGGUUAAAUGCGCUCGUCUCUCGUGUAUGGUGUCGAAACUUCUUCGAAUUUCAUCCACGUCUAACUAUCACGACAGUCUCGGCAAAUUCGGCCUGAACAAAGACAUUCCGCAUGCGAAGCUGCCCGAACUCGCUGGACCAGAGCUUCCGAAACAGACAUCCAAGGCGGCCGGCGGUGCGCCCAUUACCCCAGAUCCGAAGAAAGGCGCAUGGAAAGUCUCCAGCGCUAGCGGAAAGAAACUGAGUAUCUCGGAGAAAGCGAAGCACAAGGGGAAGGUACUAAAGAACUUGUCACUCGUAGGUCUGCUUUUUUGUGAAGACGCACCAUGAGAUCAACAUCCAUGAGUUUGAAUAGCUGCAGUGAACAAGAAACAGGAAGAUACCCGAGCCUGCAUUUGAUCACCACAGAUCGCCAAUCGCGUGAAGAAGCUGACUGCGGAAAAGGAAAAAUUGGCGAAAGAGUCUGACCGACUCGCGAGGCUUCUGGAAAUCCUUCCCCUCAUCCAAAUCAGCUUUGACCAACGGCAGCGACCAACUUUUGUCCCGCACAACGAGCUGGUGAAGGAUAUGGCGAUGUCAACGUUCUCAACAAAAAAAAAACCCAAAAAAUUUGAACUCGGUACUGGAGUUGGAGUAGAAGAUAAAACUAUUUUAAUUUUUGUAUUUUUUUAUGGGUACCUAUUUUGACUUUCAGAUUCAGAGUUGCAUGCUACUUGAAGGAGCGCGUGCACUAGAUAUAUCAUUCAAAUAGCUAGCUCCCCGCUCCGCCGAGCAAGCUGUUGCUCUUGGAUGAUCUCUGAACACUGACGAACACGAACGACGCCACUCGCAUCGAAAAUGCCACCUCGACCCUCUGGAGGGCGGGUUGAAAAAGUUGUAAAUCGAGGCGCUUCAUUAUUUUUAGUGUCUGAGAACGUUGCUAAUCCACUAACUGAGUCUGGAAGUAUUGCGCGAGGGGCCAAACGCAUCAAACUAGCUAUCUCACGCGACCACUUUGGCGACCCCUUCGGAGAGGUCUCGUCCCGAGGUACUGCGCUGGUUACUGAAAAAAUUUUGAGAGUCCUUUGUCUGAGAACGUUGACACGCCGGCAUAAAGGAGAUCACGCGGAACAACAAGUCUGACUUUUCCGUCAACACAAUCGCGGACGUGCUGGUGGAAUUUUCAAAGGAAGUUCCCGAAUGGCUUUCCAUCCGGGUAUCGAAGUUCGACGAAGAUGCGAAAUUCAUCCACUUGAAACACGAUUUCAACACGGAUAUUUGGCGGAAGCAGUGCGGAGACCUGCGGGACUUGAAGAGGAACAGAAUGACCUUUAUUGAGCGGGAAAUUCAAGAUCUGUAUGUGAUGCCGGCGAAGUAAACACUAUGUUUUUUAUGGCAGAUGAAAUAGAUGAAAUUUCAUCUGGUCGUGACGAAGAAGCCUACUAGCGGGGCGUUCAGAGAAAAACACGAUGGUGCAGAGAACCACCACACUUGUGAAGACAAGAGCUUCACGUUCUGCUGGUAUUGGGGUGCUGCAAUUAGAGCCACAACAAGAUGAUCUUCAGUGCAACCUCUGGCGCUGCAGUUUCUCGCGCCGCUAC